UGCUUGGCCAUCUCUAUUUUCAGUUCAAGCACAAAUCCCACCUCCCAAAGUUUGUCACUUUGAUCCGACCAAGAAAAAAAGAUAAAAAAAAAAAAAAAAAGAAAAAGAAAAAGGUUCGUCACUUCCAUCGACGAGUCUUCAAGAAGACAGUAACGAUGUUGGCAAUAUUUCACAAGGCAUGUGCCCACCCACCGGAGGAGCUGAACAGCCCCGCCUCUCACGGUGGCUCGUGGAAGCCCAAGCUCCCAGAUGAGACCCUCAGAGAGUUCGUCUCGCGCCACCCGGACAACACCUUCUCCAUUACCUUCGGGGAUGCUGCCGCUCUUGCCUACGUCAGGCCUGACAACCCCUUUUCUCUCCACCAGAGGUUGUUUUGUGGGUUCGAUGAUAUAUACUGUCUGUUCAUGGGGAGCCUGAACAACCUGAAUCAGCUGACCAAGCAGUAUGGGCUGGCCAAGGGAAGCAACGAGGCCGUGUUUGUGAUAGAGGCAUACAGGACGCUCAGGGACAGGGGUCCAUACCCGGCUGAUCAGGUGGUGAAGGAUCUCGAUGGUAGCUUUGCCUUCGUUGUCUAUGACAGCAAGAGUGGGACCGUCUUCACUGCACUGGGUUCUGAUGGAGGAGAGAAGCUGUACUGGGGGAUUGCAGGUGAUGGCUCUGUUAUGAUAUGUGAUGACAAGGAAGUCAUAAAGGCAGGGUGUGCCAAGUCAUAUGCUCCCUUCCCCCAGGGGUGCAUGUUCCACAGUGAAGGAGGACUGAUGAGCUUCGAGCAUCCGAUGAACAAGAUGAAGGCGAUGCCGAGGGUGGACAGUGAGGGCGUGAUGUGCGGGGCCAACUUCAAGGUCGAUAAGUUCACGAGGGUGAACAGCAUUCCUCGCCGAGGGAGCGAAUCGAACUGGAUGGAGUGGGAUUCACACUAAUCGAAUCAAGACCUCACCCUCGCACAUCACUCUCCAGUUGCAAAAUCCUUGUUAUUUCCUUAUCCUGUCUGUAAUGUAGUAAUGAUAAAUGAGAGCUCUUCUAAGCAAAAACUAAUUGCCUCCAGGAAGCAGAAAUUUUAUUGGUUUUCUGUUCUUAAA